CCAUCUGCAGCCGUUGGGUUAAACCUUUUGGCUGAGCACGAUUGAUAUACGAUUUGAGUACUGCCAUAAUAUAGCGUUGGACAUACAAGAGCUACUGAUGCGAAAUACUGGGCCAUCGUAAAAUUUUCAACUAAAUCAAUGCGACCGCUCUAAACCUCUGCUCAUUUAUGUCUCAAGGAAUUUAAAAAGCCAUCUAUGGGCCGCUUAAAGUACAGUUUUAACUUGGUAGUUUCGAUGGCAAUUUAUGACAGGCGAUCGAUCAUGUCUGUUGUGCUUUUCAAAAAAUGACUUUCUAUUUAACUGCAUCGACGUACGACAAAAUUUGAAGUUCCUUUCUAGAGCAGGAAGCCAUGGCUUUUAGGACGUGUAAUUUAUCUGCGCGAGCCGUCUUUCUUUUCAAUAUUGUAACAGUUUUAGUUCUUGUGACUUAUUUUGUGGAUUUAGAAAAAAAGAUAGCCAAUGCUAAGUAUAAUUCAGAACAGGAUUCAAGCCUGCUUAAUAACCAAGUCAAUGGUGCAUUGCUGUCCAACAGUUUCUCGUCACAAAACCUAACUGUGUUCUACAAUCGUGUCCCCAAGACUGGGUCAACCUCUUUUGUUGGUUUGGCUUACGACUUGUGCUCAAAAAAUAAAUUCAAAGUACUUCAUGUAAAUGUCUCAAAAAAUGCACAUACAAUGUCGUUGUCUGAUCAGUUGCGGUUUGCAAGGAAUUUAAGCAACUGGGAUCUGAAGCAGCCAUCAUUUUACCACGGACACAUAGCAUAUUUAGAUUUCGCAAAAUUUGGAUCUUCAUCACCAUUGUUUAUUAACUUAAUAAGGCAGCCACUUGAUAGAAUGGUUUCCUACUAUUACUUUUUGAGGUAUGGAGAUGACUUUCGUCCACACGUCAUCAGAAAAAAGCAAGGGAACAAAACAUCAUUUGAUGAUUGUGUAAAAGAGGGACAAGCAGAGUGUGACCCAAAUAAUUUAUGGCUCCAAGUGCCUUUCUUCUGUGGUCAUCAUGCAGAUUGUUGGACACCAGGUAGCAGUUGGGCAUUCGAACAAGCAAAGAAUAACUUGGUUAAAAACUAUUUAUUGGUGGGCGUAACAGAAAAAAUGGAAGAAUUUGUCGCUGUUCUGGAAGCCACUAUUCCUAAUUUAUUUAAGGGAGCCCUAAAGCUUUAUCGCAAAGGCUCGAAAUCUCAUUUGCGGAAAACAAACAUGAAGAUUCCGCCAAAAGCUGAAACAGUAGCAUUUUUUAGAAACUCAACUGUAUGGCAGUUAGAAAAUGAUUUUUAUGAGUUUGCUCUCAGACAUUUUGAGUACGUUAAAUCUCGUACCCUUAAACCAGAUCUUUCGGCUAAAGGACAACAGUUUUUUUAUGAAAAAAUUCGUCCAAAAUAAAUCGUUUUAUCAAAAA